ACGUGUUAUGGAGAUGGAAUCGAAACCAAGGUUAAGGUUUUUUGUGGAAAGCAGAGAGAGAAAUGUUGGAGGCGAAGUGUUUGAAGAAAGCAGUGGUUCCUUCGUCUCUCAUCGAGGACCCAUCUCCUGGAAGCCUUCAGUGCACUCGUCUCGCUCUCCGUGUUAGCGAGGACCCAAGCUCUUGUUUUGUCUACAUAGCCUCUGGACCCCACAUUUAUAACCUCCAUAUUGCUUUGGGAGAAUCCUCGGUCAGUGAAGGAAAAGAUAGCCUCUUGAUACCUGAACACACUGAGGUUAUUGCCUCUUCAUUACUCAACCGAUGCCCCCAUCGUUCGGAAAUUCAGAGUAUUGCUCUUGCUGAUGAGGAGAGCUGUGGCUAUGUAAUGUUGGGAAGUGUGGAUUCAUAUGGUCAUCUCAUUGUCUCUAAACUAGAUGCAUCUGGUGAAGAUGUUGACAAGCUAACAUAUUCUGCAUUGCCUCAUGAUAAUGGUAUUGGGGAAGGAAGUUGGUCAGGACUAUGCUUUUGUCCAAAUCAAUGGUCUAUGACAGCAGUAGCCCGUAGUUUCUGCAAAACCAUUGAUAUCUAUGACCAAGACAUUCACAUUCGCACAUUACGGCCGCUUUGGUACCCUACUUCAAUAAACUUCCUGCAAAAUGUAGUUAAUGGAAAUCAAAGUUCUACCUUAGCUAUUACGGAAGGAAGCCAGCUGACAUUAUGGGACUUGAGAAUGAAAGAAAAUGGUGGUUGUGUACAUCGGAUUUGUGGCAUCCCUGGUGAUAUCUUUUAUGCUGUUUGCAGUUCUUCCAAUGGCAAUGUUGCUGUGGGUGGAGUUGAUCGUACUGUGACUAUUUAUGAUCCUCGCAGAUGGUCGGCAUUGUCUAGAUUGGUGCACUGUUCAAAAUUUGAGAUAACAGGGCUGAGUUUCUCAGCAAUUGAUCCGGACUAUAUCUAUAUUCAAGGGGUUGAUUAUGAGGUCUUUUGUGGACAAUGGAAAGAGAACAAAAAAGUAUUUUCAUUUAGAGGAGACUCAAAUUGGCUCGGCUUUAGUAAGUGCUCUGGCAAAGAUGUUUUGGCUGGAUGGUGUGAUUCAGGCAGCAUAUUUAUAGCUGAUGUUGCGAGUAAAGUUGAUGAAGUGGUGUCUGUCCAGUAGUUUUCCCAUCUAUGUAGAAAAUUUUGUUACUUCAAUGUAUGUAUGUAACCAUGGUUGAGUUUCACGUUUGAAGGGGAAAAGAAAAAUGGUGAAUUUAGUGUGAUUAAGCUUGAUAUGCAGAACAUGUCAAAAUGCAUUUCCAACCACAGAAUGUGACUUAAGAUUACGGAAUGCAUUAUUUUUGUGCACUGUCAAUUUUAUGAUGUUCAUUUUAAGUUCCCAUUUUGACAAUUAAUUAUUGAAAUAUCAAGGCUAAUUGUAUGGUUUAUAAAGAAGGAAAUUAUUGUGUUA